AAAUAAGUUUUUGUGCUCAUUCGCAGUGUAUAUAAAUAAAAAAAAGGCACGAAGAAAAUACGAAAAUUGAAUAUAUUUCUGCUGGUUUUAAUCUAUAAAAAAUGUGCACGGCACAUGCAAUACAAAACUAAACUGUUAUCCGUGCUGGCUAUGGUGACGAGGGACCCCAUUUUACUGAUAAAUACGGCCGACGCCCACUGACCAGAAUUUCCUUUACAUGAAUUUUGGACACAUAUAAAAAGGACUGGAUACGGAACACAUUUCGUUUCGGCUUUUAAGGAAACUCAAACGUGAGCGUAAUGUCACAAGUAGCAAACACGCCCACACCCCAAAUGCUGACGACAUCAACGUUAACGCCUAUAGAAUCCAUGAAACCACCACCAGCGUUCUCGACACUAGCGGGCGGCACACAUUUAAAUGAACAGGCGUCAGAUAUAAUACUUAGGGCCUCGACCAUUUUUGGCGAUCUUAAGCAUGGUUCAGCGCCAUUGGAUCUCGAAAAUGUACACAACGAAGUUGAGACUGAGAAUAACCGGAAUUCAAACGGAGAUGGUUCACAAUUCACCGGGAAUUCGAAAAUUCGCAUAAUGCCCACCAUCAAACUACUAGCUACUCCACAUGCGGCUGAUCCUAAACGAAAAUUCGUUUGUCCCUACGACAACUGUACGAAAAGCUAUGGAAAAAGUUCACACCUGCGCUCCCAUCUCACGUGGCAUACGGGCAUUAAGCCGUUUGUUUGCAGCGAGCCCAAGUGUGGAAAGGGUUUCACCCGAUCGGACGAGCUUAAUAGGCACCUGCGGACACAUACAGGUGAGAAGCCUUUCGAGUGCGUGCAGUGCACCAAGAAGUUCUCUCGAAGCGAUCACCUAACGAAGCACCUGGCCACACAUGACCGACAACUGAAGAGCAGCACUCCGAAACGUUCGAUACCCAACAAUGUUCGGUUAAAAUCAACCAGGAAACAGACAUCAGAACCAGAGUCGGGAUUCCACUUUAUGGCUGUGCUGGGUACAGGAGAGCAGAACAUAGACCGACACCAACAACAGCCUGCGGAUAUAGUUGAUUUUCAGCACAAGCCACUGAAAAUCAAAUUGGAGCGACCCGAGCAUAGUGACAAGUACCAGAUUGUAGCACCUUUACCUGACAGUCAGAUGCCAUCUUUCCUUAACUCAAAGCCUGAGGUCAAAUACGAGCCUGCCGACGAAAUUGUAAAUACACUGUCUCAAUUACCGCCACAGGAUGGUCCCGGUACCUAUGGUAUACCUCAGUUUGUGCAGGAUCGUCCCUUCCGCUGCCGGCAAUGUGAAAAGCGAUUUAAACGGCAGGAUGAUCUUAACCGUCACAUACGAACGCACACUGGCGAGAAGCCCUAUGCCUGUCCUCAAUGCUGUCGCCGCUUUGUACGUAGCGAUCAUUUGAAAAAGCAUCAACAGACGCAUUUGAAAAUACGUUAGUUUCAUAAAUAAUCAAUAAGCUACAAAGCCAUUGGCAUCCCAAUUUAUUUGGCUAAAACGGGCGUGUGUUGGGUGACACACAGUACAAUAAAAAUAAAUAAUUCUGCAAUUUAACAAUAUUCCUAUCUAAUAUUUAUUCCUGGUAACUCGUAACUUUAUGUGUGUAAAUAUCUCUU